AACAUGACUUUAAAUUUAUCGAUUACAUGCGACUCAACAGGUGAGAUAAGAUUCAAGAUGGCGUCAUGUGUUCAAACAAAACAUUUUUCUCAGGUGUUAAGAAUGACCUACUGACCUAGUAACAAUGCUUCAGAGAACAAGAUGGUAGCCCUGAUUGUGACCUGCCUUCUGCUGCUAUGGCAACCAGACUUCUCCUCUCAACAGAGGACCAGGAAUUACCAGCUGGAGGACAGUUGUUUUGUGGAUCCAGUGACCAUUAGUUUGGAUGAAACGGUCAUCAUUAAGGGUGGAGGGACGGUCAGUCCGAAGCCCAUCGGGAUCCAGUGUAAGAUCACGGUACGGACCGAGAGCAAGUAUGAGCUUCAGGCCCGAGUCCAGUUCUUCAGCUGUCGGGAAACCUCCGUCAUCCUCUCGCUGUAUGCCAACACAAACAACAUUUAUAAUUGUGACAACUACCCCCGCUCUCCACUGACCUUGACAUUCACUGGUACACAGGUGAUUGUGGAUCUGAAGAAGGGUGACCCUACAGCCAUGCAGUACUCCUUUGAUAUCAGCAUCACCCCAAGACAAAAACCGUUUUCACCCGAUACCACUGAGUCCCAGCCAGUGGCAGCAGGUCUGAUUGUCGGUAUCGUCUGCGGAAUUUUCUUCUUUCUUGUUGUGGGAGCCAUUAUAAUAGCGUGCUGCUACAGACGAGCUCAGAAACUAAAACGCCUGGCCAUGUACAACAGCUCCAAUGCCAAAGUACCGCUGGAGGAUGCAGCUGGACCAAUGGGAGUAUCAAAUAACUAUGAGUCCUCACCCCGAGCCAUGACAAGAUUACUCACAAAGGAGAGGGCAGUUUCAGUGGAUGAAAGUGUGGAAAAUGGUGGAGUGAGGCGACCACAGACCCUUGAUUUAAAAUCUCGGAGUCAGACAGCAAAGAGUGACCGUACUGAAUCUAGUACAGCAAGCAGACCGAGUAAUAACGACGCAUACGAACACGAGGAAGAGGAUCCGUACGAUGUAAUGGAUGGAGAUCCCAAGCCGCCAAAAUCUCCUUUCCUUGGUGCUUUACAGAGUAAUGCGAAAUUCCAGAAAUCAAGACAAGAGAAUGAGAGAGAUGCAGAGGACCGAAGGAAUCGAUUGUCAGGGUCAUCCUUUGGAAACCAGACACCUGGGUCAAACUCCUCAGUAGAUAGUCGAGAUAAAGGGUCGGCCAGUGAGAGUCGAGGGAAGCCUCUCCCAGCAGUGCCUGACAAUAAACAAUUAACUCUCGCAGAAAAGCGCAAGAAGAUGGAGAGUUUUCGAAGAGCAACAAGACCGGAUUCUUUCACAUCGGAUGAAUUGGAUGGAAGUGGAGAAGACACAGAUAAUUUGAACAAAAGUCGCGGGGCCAGUGGAAGUGACAGUCAGUCUUCUCGUGAGGUAGCUCCAGCUAAAGGCAAGCCAAACACACAACACACACUGCGUCCUAAUAGGGGCCGGGAGAAAACAAAAAACACUAAAAACAAAAAGGAAAAGCCUCUGAAAGAGCGAGACCCAGACAAGAUCCCAGACAGUCCUAAAUCCACACGCAGUGCCGGGCAGUUUCAGAAACUGGAGGAUGGACUGAGAUCAAGCAAACGAUCAAACAAAUCUCCAAAACCAGCGGCCAAAGGCUUUGGACAUCGGAGAAAUCGGAGCACAGAUUCCCGUCCCAUGACCCCCACUAGCAUGAUGAGGGAUGAUGAUGAGGAGUCUGUCCGUCCUCUUCAGAGAACCACAUCACGUCAAUCCCUGUAUGCCUCCCGUUCAUCUCUCUACAGUCGCAGGCGACGGAAAGGAUCAUUCUCAGAGUCUGUUGUUUCUGGCUCAACCUUUGCUCAUGAUGACAUUGACUAUUACCGCAGACCUAGAGGUCAGAGGUCACGUGGUCGUUCACCCGUGGAUUAUGAUGAUGACUCUGAUGGCUAUGUGCAGCCAAUAUCUCGUCAUGAAAAUGACAGAAUGUUUAAAUCACUGGGAGAUUUGAAUUCUAAUGGAAGACGCAGUGAAAAAGCAACACGAGCAACACAAACAUUGAGGGAAACAGCAACACAGACUGGAGAUGACCAAUCGGUUGUUGUGCAUUCAAAGAGGGUGGUACAGAGAAAACGUCGCUCAAAAAGUCUGUCCGCAACAGGAACACAAACUACAAAUAAAAAACACAGGAGUCGCAGUAAGUCUAGAGGUGAUGAGUCAGACACGGGUGAUGAACUUAAAAAUGAAAAACGUGAAAAAUCAAAGAGUCGAGAAUCGCUUAAAGAAAGUUCAGAAAAACCAAAUCCAAAACCGAAACCAAAGCCUCGGAAAUCCCAAUCGGCAGGAGUAUCUGAGACAGAGGCUCCUGUCAAAGCACAAAGGAAGAAGUCCAGGUCUCAAAAAGAGGCUCUUGCUGCAGAGGAAACAGUCGAGGCUCCACAAGAACUGGCUGCAGCACCGCCAGGAGUGGUGGUUUAUCCCAUGGGACCACAGGGGCAGCCAUAUGUGGUACCUUAUGGGCUCCCACCAGGUUACACCACCUUACCUCUGCAGCAGCCACCACCCGGUGCAGUACCUACCCAGCCUCCUCCCUACUUUGUUAAUGGUCAGGGAUCCUUGACUGUGGCACCACCUCAGCCCAUUGACAACACUGUCAGACAGUUACCACCACAAACAGUGUCUCAGGUUGGACCUAUUCCCAGAAAAAAGUCAAACUGGGAAAUGUUGUGUGAGAUGACAGACAAACAGAACAGUGGAGAAGCGUUAGAGACAGGGUCAGUGACAAGCUCUGUGUUUACUAACAAUAUCCCAACACAUCAGGUGGUGUAUCCUACUGGACACCACCCAGCAGCACCCAUAGUCAUGGUACCACCCCAGCACAGUCAUCCUGUACAUCCCUUUACAGCCCCCUCAGGGACCCCAUAUCCCUCUGGUGUACCCCUGGUUGUUAAUCCAUCUCCAUUGGGGACAACACCGGCUGCCCAUCCUAGUCCAUCUGUAGGCAGUGAGCUAUCUCAUAAUUCUUCAUGGGACGUGCUGACACGAUUAACAGAACAACAAAGCCAGCUUCAGCAGAGUCAGAACAAUGCUGUUGGAAAUGAGAGUGUCGUAUAGCGUCACCCAUAGUAACUACCCAUAGUGUCACCCAUAGUACUGUACCCAUAGUAACCACCCCUAGUAAACAUCCAUAGUUACAAAAUACAUUUAAAUAUCAUCAUUCCAUCUUGUGGUUGUGAGCUCCAUAUAAAACAGGUUGUUCUUUCAUUUUUGGCUGUAUGCAGAUGUGAACAAAUUAAACUGUAUUUUUAUUUUUAUUUUAUUAUUUUUUUUGGUACUUAAAAUAUAUUUUGAAUGUGUAGUAUGUACUGAAUGAGGAUAAAUUUAAUUCACAAGGGAUGUACUAUUGUAUAAACGAAUAUUCAUUACCUGUAUAUAAACCAUAAUAUCGUAUACUUAAUAGUAUAAGUUUUACAUAAGUCUACAUAUACACGAAUAAAGUGCAACAUAUUUAUUCACAUACUGUUGAAUGUUCUUAAGCUGUGUUACGGUUU